AUGAGAUUCAUCGUUAUUGCUACGCUCCUGGCUGUCGCCGCCGCCUCUCCCCUCGCCUCUGGACCACCCCCUGGCUACGGAGGAGAAGAUGGCCACGAAGGAGACGAUGGCUAUGGAGGCGGCGAUGGUGGCUAUGGGGGACAACGCGGGGGUUAUCAACCCUGCAGCAAGGCAGGAUUCUUCGGCAACGCUGCGACAUGUUGCUCGUUUGACAUUAUCGGUGCCGCGUCGCUUGGUUGCAAGCCGCCCGCGAGAAACCCCCGAAGCCCGGAAGAAUUUAAAGCCCUCUGCGGAAAGAAAAAGCCGAAAUGCUGCUUUGUAGACGCCACGGGUGGUAUUGUGAACGCUAUUUGCCCGACUCCGGUUGGGUUUUAA